GUUGGAUUGUAAACGGUAUCAGUCUGUUUGCUAUUUUUAUACCGAUAUUUGAGCAUAGUUUGUUAACACUUAAGGACGUUGUUCACUCAGGUUUUGAGUUCUCAAGUUUGGAUUGUUAUAAAGUUAAACAUUCAAAAAUCUUAAACAUGGCUUGCAACUGUAAAGGGAUAAUUGGAAUAGCAUUCUUGAUCACCAACAUCCUAUUAAGUUUGUUCGGAAUAGGCCUUAUCAUAGUCGGAGCCCUGUCUGAUUGUGAAGUGUCAGACAUCGAAACAGACAACACCAAACCUCUUCUGGAUCUUGUUCUUUUCGAUUCCUUCGCAGCAGGUAGACUGGCAAUCGAUCUGAGCAUUUUGAAUAUAAUUAUCGGAGUAGUUAUCCUUGUUUUUUCUGGAGUUGGAAUCUUUUGGAAAUAUCGUGAAAUAAAGAAGUUGCUAUUAGUAUAUACAAUCAUUAUUGCAGUAGUGUUUGUAAUCCACAUCAUAUUCAUAGCCCUGUGGUAUACUAUGAUAAACAAGGUGGAUGGAGAACUAAAGAACAAAUUGGUCGUAUCUUUGAAAGAAAAUUUCAUCGAAGACACGGUCACAAACCUUGAUCCCAUAUCAAAUGCAUGGAAUCACAUGUUCAUGACGCUUGACUGUUGUGGAGUUAACUCUGUCGAAUCAACGAGUAAUGACUUUGAUCAAACACCUUGGUGUACAACUGUAGGAUCCUGCCAGGAUAAUACUUCCCAAAUUCCCAGGACUUGCUGCAUUGACGUUAACGAAAUGACCUAUCCCUCUGCUCCGAACGCCUGUCAUACAAACGUUACAAGUGGAACAUACAAUGCAAAGGGCUGUUUCGAAGUAUUGAAGAGGAAGCUGCUGUCUCAGUCGCCGGGUAGCAUAGGUGUUGUGAUCACCAUUAUGUUGAUUGGGAUAAUCAAUGUGACCCUUGCAGUUGCGAUCGGUUGUCAUAAAGAUUAAAUGGGAGGAGGUGGAUCACAAGGCCUGUUUUGUCUAUCUAAAUUUACUUUAUGGUGUCCGAUACUACAUGUAUUAACUCAAUAGAUACACGAGCUAAAAUUCACCAGCCAGAUAUAUAAUUUUUUGGUGGCAAAUAAAAAUAAUUGUUUAUUGUUUACCUUGGAAAUCGAUUGAAAUGUUUAAUAUUCAUAUCUUUAAGGAUUUAUUAAAAAAAAAUCUAUCAUAUGACUUUCACAUUACAAAAUAAAAAGGAACAAUUAAUAUAGCUAUGGCUUUCAACAACAGGUUAUAGUUGAAGAAUAAUGAAACGGUGAUUAAUGUAAAAUAAGAUUUCCUAAGGUAAAUACAUAAAAAUAUAGGAUAACAUGUUUUAGAGUAUUGUACAUUAUUUAAAUGACUUUACAAAUUCAAAUUAGUUUUUAAUAUCAUAAAAAAGUGAAAAUGGUAUAUUGUGAGAAAGAUUAUUAGACUUAUUUAAGCAAAGUAUGUCGUUGGUUUUUAUUUUGAUAUAAAUUCAAUAACUUUUUUUAAAAAUCAGUAUUUGUGUCACUUGCCAUACCUAAAGUGCUUUAUACAUAUAUUUGCUUUAUGUGUCACAUGUAUGUUUUUACAGAGAAUAACAAAUCUGUGGUUGAUAAUUUCUAUUGAUCUUAUUAGAGAUAUAUCCUAAAACAAUGUGCCGUCCUGCCAUGAAGUCCAAAUGUAUUUUUCGUUUUGAUCACCACAUCUAGAACCACAACUAAGAGACUGAUGCUGUGGACUUCUUGGAAAUUUAUCAAAUAUUCUUUAUUUCUUUUAUUGUACAAAAAAGGAUAACAUGUAUGUGCAUUGAUUAGUAUAGGAAAUUUGAAAACAAAAUUGCAAAUUUAGUAAAAAUUUUUUUAACAAAAUGGAAGUUAAAAAUAUCUGUUCGUUAAGAGGGCUCGAUGGUCGUGGCCAUUUUUUUUUUUACACUAUAUUAAUCUUCUUCAGAAAAAGAACUCUAUAUAAAGAUAUAGGAAAGCAUCCAAAUUUUAAAGCUAAAAUAUUCGAAUUCUUUCUGUACUUAAUGACAGUUUAUCGCUAAACGUAUGAUAUCUAAAUUUUAAGAAAGAUCUGAUGGAUAAUUUAUUGACCAUCCAGCCUCCUUAACCGUAGAGUUACUCGUAUGCACUGUAUCAUAACCAAUGUUGACGUUAGAGAUUUUGUACAUAAGCAUGUUCAUUUCACAAUCAGUUCGAUUUCUUUUAUCAUUUUUUAACUAAUAAAACAUUAAAAAAGUA